GGUGAACAUGGCACGUUGGCGGCCGCAGCUGUGGCUCUACCCCUCUGUGACCUUGACGCAGAGAGAAGUAAUGUUCAUUAAGAGAAAAUGUGAACUACUGUGAGGAGACAGGGACAGUGAGAGGGUCACCGGAACUCUAGGUCUCAGACACGCAGGUGGUGUCUAAUCCACCGCAUUGGCCAGGGUGUGGCCGGCCGCGACUCCUUCCCCGGAAAUGGAGCUGCAGACGAGUCUCCGCGGGUCUCGGGAAGGCAAAGGCACCAAGGGCUCGGCUCCCCCAGGCGUCAGGACCCGUUUUAGUCUCCGGGCAGAUGGGCGCAACAUCCAACCUGGGAGGGGGCCCCACGCCCGCCGCGCUCCCACCCGCGUCCUCGUCGGACUUCAGGAUCGGGGGUCUCCGCACACAAUGCGGACCCCGGGCGCGGGAGAAUGGAACCAGAACGAUGCCGGCGAGCAGAGCAAAAGCGGAUCGGCAUUACACCGAGUUCAGGUCGUGGCAGCGGAAACCAGGAGAGACAGGGCGCUACUCACUAGCUCUGAAGGUCUAGGGUAUGUCACCACUGGAAGUUCAGCAAAUGACAUGGCAGCUCAAGAGGGUGAAGCAGGGAUGCCUCAGACGCCCAGUGCCUGGACCACAUCCAUACAAGGAGUGGAGGAAAGUAGCAGGACCUACUCCACAGCAGGCCACGGGCAGCGGGUGGCCAGCACACUCCCACUUGGUCAAGGAAAGGUCACCUCCACCGUGCCAGACGCCGCGCCAGUGCUUUCCGUAAAGGCUCAUCAACACCCCUGCAAGGACUGCGAACAUGUUCCUACUGAAAAGAUGAGGAAACUGAGGCAGAGGGAGGAGAAAGGCUUGCCCAAGGUCCCCCAGCCUUCGACACUCCUCUUGAGGAUGCAUCCAACAGGCGGAACUCUUACAUAGCUUGCAAGAUCUUGCGUGAUCCGUUCUCUGCAGUGACACCAGUCCCCCAUCCCUCUCCCUCCUGCCCCCCAAGCUUCUUUCCAUCUCAGGGUCUCAGCCUCUUCCAGCCAGCUCUUCCCCCUCCCUGCCGUCUCUGCCCUUUGCAAGCCCUGCCAUCCAACAGGUCUCCACAGAAAUGCCCCGGAGCCUCCCCUGAGCCCCAUGUGUGGUCGGGGGCCCGUCAGACCUCCCACAGUGGCCUCUCCAUGGCCUUUGGAGCACUUUUCACAACUAUUCUUAUUCCACAGCCAUAACCAUAGUUAUUUGUGUGGUUUUUGUUCAUGCCCUUCUCCCUCCUGUAUCCACACAAUGCCUGGCACACAGAUGGUUCUUAAUAUAUUGGUUGAUGGGAGAGUGGAGGUUGAGUGUGUGAACAAUGAACAAACCACAAGUGAACCUCCCUUGUGCAGCGAUGGGCUGGCUGUGGCUCUGCCAGGAGACCAUCUCCCUUAGAGCCUAAAUCAUAAAAACUGGAAACAGUAUCUUCCAAUCACAGGGAUGCUGCCCAAGGAGGCGUGCACGGUGGGAAGUAGACCCCAGCUCCCUGUGUGGUUCCCCAGACCAGGACGGCUUCUCUCUGUCGUCCCCCAGUCUCAGAUCCCAGUGGUGGCAGCCAGGCUCCUGCAGGAGGUGGUGGUGAGAGGGUGGUCGGACUUGCCUCUUGUCUUGCAAGGGGAAGUGUGCCCCAUUUCACUUCUGCUUUGAGGUGAGACACAUCCUGUGUGUCAGACCACCCUGGAGUGCUCCCAUCCUCCGAGUGCCAACCACCAACGGUGGCUAGUGCGGUGGUCAGGCCAUGGGGAGGCCAGACAAGGCCCUCAUCACUGUGCAGGGAGUCUAGGCCACAAGCCCUGUCCUCCCUACUUCCAGGACAUGGCUGCCCCACCCUGAAAGCCACUGUCGGUGGGCUGCUUUCUCCCACAUCCCCCCCUUCUCUCUCUAAGGGAAGAGCUGUGAGGUGGAGAAUCCCUGAGCCCAAUCCUUCCUCUGCCACGUGUGUGCUCAGUAACCCAGGGUAAGUCCCUCCACUUCCCUGAGAAACGGGCGAACUGUCCUCAGACUCCAGCACUAGGCCAAUGGAUGCACACUAGCUUGGGGUCCAAUGUUACUUUUCUUCUGCUUCUCUCCCUCCCUUCUCAAGCUUCCAACCGGCUGGUGGUGUACCAGGCUCUCAGUGGACCUCCAGACACAUUCAAAUCAGAACGUUUGGAUGGCCUCAAUGCCCCUUUCUCUAGUCUUCCCCAGCAGCCCCUGUGCAGAAUUAAGCCCCCUCCUCUAUUUCUGUAGUGCUUUACAUGUCUGCUGCC